AUGCAGCAAAACAACAACAACAACAAAAACCCAUCAAUCUCACUCCACAACACUCACGUCAAGCUACUAGCCUUCGACCUCCUAACCCUAACCCCACCACCCUCCCCAGACCAACCCUUCACCCGCAAAUCCAUCCCCAUCACACGCCUCGAAGCCGUAGGAACCAUCACCCUCCGCGAUCACAAACCCUCUAAAUUCCUCCGUUUCGCUGUCGACGAUGGAACCGGUUGCAUCCCCUGUAUCCUCUGGCUUAACCACUUGACUUCCCCUCACCCGGCUCGCCGUCGGAGUCCGCAGGAUCUUUGCCUUCUCGCCGACGCCGCCGCGAGAUCUGCGGAAGUAGUGAAGGUUGGGGCUGUUGCUAGGGUUAGGGGGAGAGUUACGGCGUUUAAGGGGAGUGUUCAGAUUACUGUGACGGAUGUUGUUGGUGAAAGGGAUCCUAAUGCGGAGAUUUUGCAUUGGGUUGAUUGUGUUAAGUUGGCUCGUAACUGUUAUAAUCUUGUUACUCUUUCUUCUUCUUAAGAUUCUCUACCACCUUAAACAACGUUGUUGUUGUUAUUGUUAGGAAUCGUUAGUGUACUUUUGAUUUGUGUUUUAAGAAAAAGUUACAUUACCAAUGUGUUAUGUUGACUUGUUGUAAGAGGGAACAAAGAUUUUGGAGAUAUAAGUCACAUGAUAAUUCACUCUCCAUGUAAAAAUUAUCGUUAUUCAUUUUUAAGGGGGCAAAUACGUUUUUAUGAUAACAAAAUAUUUUUUU